AUGAUCCAUGUGUGGAAAGCUUCAGGGGAGUUGGCACUUGCUACAACGGAGAAGCUGACGGUUCGGGCUUUGAAGCUGCAGCUCGGCUUCCCGCGCUUCCGACAGCGCCUCUGCGAAGCAGGCAGCUGCAGCUACUUGGGCGAUUGUGCAGAAGUUUCAGGUCCCAUCGACAUAACUGCACUGUUGUUGCCCUUUCAGCGCAGCUCAGAAGCUGAAGACCGCGAGCUGAUCCAGGCAGCAGCUCAUGGCGACUUAGCAACCACGGAGCGGUUGCUUAACAGACCACUGGAUCCGAACUGUGUGAGUGUGAAUGAGGACGACGGCGAGUUCCACACACCGCUCGGAGAGGCGUGUCAGGAAGGCCAUAUGGAGGUGGUCAGCAUGCUGGUCGAGGCGAAUGCAAAUGUGAACGGAGAGUGUGGCAUGUACGGACAGGAGACUACGCCCCUAGGCUUGGCAUGCGAGCGUGGUGCCUUGCACAUGGUGGAGUUGCUGCUCUCACACGGUGCGGAAACAGGCCUGUGCCACUACUCCGUGGGGCACGGUUCCUUCCAACACCCUCUGGUCAUGGCAGCCCAUGCGGGCGAUCUCCAGAUAGUCAGCGUGCUGCUGGCGGCAGGAGCCCGCCCGUAUGGUGAAGCACUGGUCGAGGCCGCGCUCUUGGACAAUGCUGGCAUCGUGGCUGUUCUUCUUGGCGCUCGUGCAGAUCCUUUUGGACCGUUGGGAUACAGAUACCGAUGCAGCACGCCCAUCGCUAUAGCGAUGGCGGGGGGAUGCUCGGAGAUCGUGAAGAUGAUGGAAGAAAGCAGUCACCAGCCGCUGUGA